AUGAUGUCUGCAAGAAACGCUGAGGGUGAUGGUGGAGUUAUCGAUUUGACAGAAGACUCUGUCGCAUUCCCAAUUCUCGACCUUCCACCGGAGCUCGUCGUUCGCAUCAUCGAACAUGCAGUUACAAUCAGUUCCAAGGACAAGCGAGUCGCCAUCUUCGAUGGCACCAACGCCCACCAAGAGCCUGCAAUAACGCGAGUCUGUCGCUGGUUCCGUUCCGAGGGCCUGCCGCUUUUCUACACACAAAACAUGUUCACGCUAAGUACCACGAGGAAAUCCACACAGGCACUGUUUCGUUGGGUGAACAACAUCGGCCUACAGCGUGCAAGCACCAUCCAAAACUUACACCUAUACUGGUUCGACAACAGUCCCCUGUGCGACCUCACGUUGGGAAAGUUUCUGUCCGAGAUGAGGUUUCUAGAGGACUGCGCAGAGGCCGCAGGCCUUGGACCCAGAUUCGGUGAGCACAUCUUUGUGCGCUUCCAAGAUUCGAAGUUGGUUUUGGGAUCCGGUAACCUCGACAGGUGCUACGAAUUGUCGUUUGUCAAGUUUUCACGGACCAGCGGAGAGUGGCAGAGAGUUGCUGAGCUGUCCGCUCUAUUCAAUCCGAACACACCAGGACAGUUUGCGGGCAAGGACUUCUGGGUUACCGACAGCGAUUCAGACAACACAGCUUCGGACCUGGUCAAGCACGAGGGUGAAGACGAAGACAGGCAAGAUAUUUGA